UUCACAUUUAUUUAGUCGAUCGUGGUUUUGAAACGAGUACUCGUUGAAAAAUAAAACAAAUAAAAAUAAAAAUAAAAAAAUAUGAAAGCAUUAGUGUUCGUUCUAUCAUUAAUAUCAAUUGUGUGUUGUUCAAUGGCUAUAAUUUCGAAUGACCAACAGAAGACUUGUGAAUUUAAAUGCCCAGACGUGUGGAAGCCCCUUUGUGCAUCAAAUGGCGAGGAUUAUCAAAGAUUUUCGAAUAGUUGUUAUUUGUCAAUGGCCAAUUGCAAAAGUUCCAAAACUUAUACGGUUGUUGGUCUAAAUAUGUGCAAUAAAACACCUGCACCUUUUACGACUGCUGUUCCUAGGAUUGUACCAGUUAAGACUUUAAUAUUAACGACAACAACACCUAAAUCUGUAUCAUCAGCUAAGACUGAACCACCUAAAAUUGCACCUUCUACGACAGCAACACCAACGACAGAAACACCAACUACUUCAUCACCUACGAAGAGUAUUCGUAAAAGUUGAAGUCGUAUGAGUUAAUAAAAGUGCUAAGAGAUGAUAAUUAUUCUUUUUAUUGUUUGCAAUUUGCUGUUAUACCAGAGUUUUGUGAUAAAAAAAAAACUAUAGGUUAAAUUAUGUAUUAAAUUUUAUUGUAUUA